GAGCUGACGCCGGCGCGGAGGUGCAUCUGGUGGCGACAGCUGCUGGGCUCGGGCCCCAGCGACUGGGGCGUCGGAGAGCGCGAGGCCCGCAGCCGGCUCUUCGAGUGCGCCCUGACGUGCGACCAGCUCAACUUCGGUGAGUUGGCCUCGCUGGAGCUCGCGGGGCGUCGCUACCAGCUGCUGGAGGAGAGGUGCGCCCGGAUGCUGGUCUCGGCGACGGCGGGCGGUGACAGCGGCCACCUCGACAGCGACAGGUUCUUCGUGGGAGAGGAGGGCCGGCACGGGCGCGCUCUGGCGGCACUGGCGCUGGAGACCUGGAUCUCGCAGAAGCUGUCGGAGGAGAGCGCCGUGCUCAAGGGGCGCCGCAAGGCGAAGGAGGAGCGGCAACUGGCACGCUCGACAGACGUGACCCCCGGCGCCUCAAGCGGGCCGAGCGACGACAAGCCCCCCAAGAACCCGCGCAAGAAAGGUGAGGGCCUUGACUGGGCUCGCGAUUUGCUGCCGCUGCCAUCGGGUCGCUGCCAGGCUGAUCUCCUGGAGGGUUUAUCGCCGGCGGGGCUGGGCGUUUCGCGCUGCGCGGAUCGGCGGCGCUCGCGCCGCUGGGCUGCGGGGGCGUGGCUGCAGGACGGCGUCGCGACGCUUAACGCUCUGGGCGGGCGCGGUGAGGUGUGGGGCCCCAAAGUGAUGCCUUGUGCCAUUCAGCGCCAGGCGGUGGCCAACUUGGCCAGGGCCUACUACUCGGUGCCGCCACCGCCCGACGACCUCACCACUUCGGGAGCGUGGUCUGCGCUUCGGGGCUGCGGAUCCGGCCACGCCUGUGAUGGCGUCGUCGCCGGAGAGUUCGCCACCUACCAGCGUGGCAGGCUUGCCCUGCCGGCGGUCGGCAACCAGGCGAUCGACCUCGUUGGCUGCCUGCCCGACCACUACCAGAAGUUGCUGGAGGAUAGUGGCCGCGCUAUUCGGCUACCAGCAGCGUGUACUACGGACAGCGCGGCGAAGGCGGACGAGCUGGACAUCGCGAUGGAUCCCAUCCUGGCGAGGUCUCCGAGCAAGUUCGCCGAGUUUUUGAACAGUGCUUAUGAAUCUGGAGUCGUCGAGCCGGCGACCGAGGUCCGCAAUUUUGUGGGAGUCUUCUUUGUUCGCAAGAAGGACGGCUCGUUGCGGAUCAUCUUCGAUCCUCGGAAGACCAACGCGCAGUUCGCGCCGCCCGACGGGCUGUGGGUCAACGAAGGAGACGUCGAGAACUGCUAUGACCAUUUCCUGCUGCCAGUCGACCUGCGUGCCGAUUUCGCUCUGCCAGCGGUGCCGCGGCGGGCGGUGCCGCGGCGCUUGCGCGGCCUGUUUCCUGCAGGCGCCGAGCGGGUGCACUUCCAGGUUCGCGUGGUGCCGAUGGGCUGGGGCUGGGCCGUGGCGCUCGUGCAGGCGGCGAAUGCGGAGCUGCUGCGGUUGGGGCCGCUGGGCUCUCGACGCUGGAUCUGCAAUCGCCGCUGCGCGCCCGCCGUCGCUGGGCGCGAGCCCGCUGCUCUCCCGCGCAUCGACAUCUUCGCCUCGUUGGGGGCCGAGAAGGAGACAGUCCAGGUUGAUGGCGACUCGAUGGAGAGGCGGCUGAGGGGUCGUGGUCUGGCUACUCGUGACGUCUCCGGGCCGCAAGUCGACGUGGACCUCCCAGGCUUCCACGUCGACGGAGAGAAGCGCGCGAUCCACAUCGCGCCCAAGCGGUUCUGGCGGCUGGCCCUGAGCCUGGUGCUCAGCUUGCUAAGCGCCUCUUACGUCUUCAUCGGCAAGUGCUACGCUCGCCGAGUGCGGCUCUGGCCUUCGGCGCGCCGGGAGCUGUCCUGGAUGCGGGCGCUGCUGCCGCUGGUGUGGGCCGAUCUGCGCGGCGCCUGA